AUGGAGGAAGGAUGGAUGGUACCUUUCCACUGUCCUCUCUACAACUACAUCAUCUCACAGCCGUCAUAUCAGACGUCUGCGGAGAGACAACGUCUUGUACGCCGCAUGAGAGAAGCCAUGAUCAAAUGCAUCAUUCUCAACGGCAUUCCCAUCGUCAUGGAAGCUUUCGUGUCUCUUGCGAAGCAAGAAAAGCCCGAAGAUCAGGAUCAUAGUUUCACGCGCAAGGACUGGAAAGCCGAUGAGGCUAACCACAAGCGCGGUCUCGAGGUUCUUGAAACGCUUUAUGGCGAUGAAAAUGAGAAAAUAUGGGCAUCAUUCGGUUCACACAAAGACAUACGUGAGUACCUUGCGACUCCGCUGCUCUCCAUCUUCGGGCUAAUGCGCCAUGUAGCGUGGCUCUCGACCGACAUAUCUUAUGGUCUGUUCCUGGCCGAUCACAACACUCUCAAUAUCAUCGAGUCCGAGCUCGCUAUCUUGCCUGCGAUCAUGUGCCAAGGCCUCGUUCCUUCAACGAAGUGGCAUCUACGUGGGUGUCUCCGAGUCGGUUGCACACGCGAGGAGGUGGAAUGCAUACAUCAGGUUAUUGAACAUAUCGCAAAGACAUGUGGGAAACAAUUACAAGGUCUACCGAGAGUCUCGGAUUUACCUACAGAUGAGAUUUGA